CGUCGUUCGUUGACGUCGACGCCCGUUCCGCCAUCGUCCUCUACGUCGUCUUAAGUGUGUCUGUCGUCGUCUGGGUUGACAGCGUCGUUCUUCUCGCUGGCACUGGCAGCGUUCAGCUCCGACCGGGUUCCGUCCCCUAUACCCUUCCCUGUUUAUCCUAAAUCUUUAUAUCCUUGGAUCAGUAUCUGCCGCCUAUCCGCUUCCUUCCCCUGGAUUUGGCUUACAGUUCCUUCUCGGUGUUUAGUCAGUCGUCUUGCAGUCGUAUUGCUCUCGUUUUCAGCAGUUUCUUCUCGUCACACCUCUUCUGCGUCCUGGAAGUCGACACAAAUCGUAGCUUAUAAUGGGAACGUCCGAAGCCUCGUCCUCGAGGCGUUCCAGUAUCAACGGUAAUCUUUCUCAAGACAGUCUCGAUGUGCCACUCUCCCCGUCGCCCUCGCCUUCUCCGUCCAGAUCCAGUGGUGGACUAUCAGCUGGGUCGUCGACUGUGUCGCUGAACGACGAAGAUGAUGAGAACGUCACCAUAACAUCUCCUCACAGGUUUGCCGUCCUGAAGGGCAAGCAGAAGAGCCAAGAGGAUCUGCAACAACUCGCCGUCUCGUCACGUAUCACAGAGUUGUCCUAUGGUAUCUCGGAUAUCCAGACUCGUAUAUUCGAGAUCCAAGAGCUUCGCCACCAGUCUCAGUCCUCCGGCGAUAUCUCCAGUUCGACAAGUAUCAUUGACCAGGCUCUGAUGAAUCUCGACGAGCGGGUCGAGGCCGUCUCCCAGGGCGUUCAAGCUGUCUCACAAGCACUGUCAUCUGAGAGGACGCCCACACAGUCGCAAACUGACACAGGACUUGCCGAUAGCGUGGAACAGAGCGCGCUUGCACGUAAGCACACGGCGUUGGUGUCGGAAUGGGAGGCGGUGCAGAGUGAGAUCGAUGUGCUGAGAGAGGAGCUGAAGGAGGAUAAGUGGUUGACGGUGUUCAGAACCGCCACGGAGCAGGCAGAGGGGAUGAUGACCAGUCUGGAGAAAGCGGUGAAUAGGUGCCAGAAUUUCGUGUGGCAAGUGCACCGGCAAGGUCCCGACGACGUCAUGUCACAGUCUUCGCAUACAUCGUCUCUCAAUUUCGAGACCUUCUCGCGUCUUCAAGAAGCGUUUGAGGCCAAGAAGAAGCAUUAUGUACCUGCCACAACGAAGGUUCUUUCCAUCAUCGACAAGGGGGUUCAAGAUCGAGUUACCAAGAACGGGGAAUGCUUACGGCGCCAUGCCGAAUGUACUCAAAGAUGGCGAAAUCUGCGGGAACGCAUCGCAAGGACGGAAACCGACAUGGACAACGUCCGGAAGAUGCUGUUGAGUAGCGACAUGGCACCGAGUGAGAGUGGGUCGAGUAACGCUUCGAAGAGUGGGUUCCUAGCUACCCCCCCGGAUCUGCCAUCGAAGCAUAGAGCACCCAGUGUCGCCAGUACUCUUUCAAGGUCUGUCUCGCCUAUCCGGAGGUUCGCGAAGAAGAUCACUGGAGGGCGUAGGACGCCUGCCCCUGCUCCGGCCCUUCUGAAGACGCCCUCGCAGGCCCCGAAACUAGGUUCUCGGGUGCCCUCGUCCGAGCCGGUGCCUACUCUGCGGAAGAAGCGGUCUUCACUAUUCCCGUUCAUGGGGUCUCAACCGCCCUCUCCCAUGUCCCCGGCGACGCCUGAUCGGUCUAAUCACAGGUAUAGCCAGAGCGUGACACCAGAGUCGUCCCCGAGCGGCAGGAAGUCGAGCUUGGCGUUACAGAGUCGUCCAGCUUGGAAUAGCUCGACAAAGGUGGAGUCGGACGAGAAAGUGCCGACGAUCAGGCCGAAACGAAUAUCAUCUGCUGGCCCCGGGUUGUAUAGUGCUGAUGCAAACGGAGUCUCGCCAUACAAGCGCAGUCUUUCACGGAGCUCUAUGGCUUCAUCCAGACCGUGGUCACCAGUCACGUCGUCUAUAUCGACAGCGGCAUCCUCGAAUCCGUCCAUUCCGCCAUUAUUCCGCCCGCCAUCCCGAUCACAGACCCCGGGCUUGCCUCGCUCGCGGCCCAAGACGCCCAGCUACAUCCCGGUGCCUAAGACACCCAGUCAUAUCCCAGUGCCAGUCAACAGGAUACAUCUCCGAUCACAGUCAGAGGUUGGUUGGCAUAAUGACUCGGAUGAGAGCCCCAGAUCCUUGAUGCGACGAGGUCUUUCACCGGGAGUAUCGACUUCCACCUCCAUCAGCAGCUUAUCCUACUCUGAGCGUUCCGAAACACCUAAUGGCACCGAUUCCCAAAUACCCCCACCAAGACCACCAAGUCGUUCUAUGAUACCAGUACCCAGUUUAUCUUUCUCUUCGCCUUCUCGACCUGGCUCGACGAUGUCUAAUUACCGGCCAGAGAGCUCCAUGUCAUUCCGAGCAUCCGCCAUGAGGGCGCAAACGCCCGAGUCGGCGUUGCGCCAGCGAGCGCAGCAGAUCCCCUUCUACCAAGCCCCUCGCGCCUCCGCAUCUACCCCUCGUCCGUCAGCGUUGGCCAAGAUGCCGCCAUCUAGUUUCAGAGAUGGCACCUCCCUGCGCGGCGCCCCAGCACGCCCUGGAUCCCGCGCAGGCGCUGCAACACCUAGUUUAGAUGGAAACCCAGUACAUGUGUAUGUACCUGCAAACCCGAAGGAUCCGCUGGACGCUGAAGUAGCAGCGGUCGUAAAUUCCAUUCCGCAUGGAUUACUUGUUGAGCGAGUCGAUCCUCCGUUGCGUACGAUACCGAAAGAGGGCGAGGAAGUCAGGGCGCAGUAUGCGUUCUCGAAUUCGCUCGCUAGGAAAGUCAUCAAUUGUCGCCUUACCGUUACCACACGCAAUGGCGUGCCGAACAAGAGGGUGAUGUGUCGUGUUGGUGGUGGUUGGCAGGACCUUCAGCUUUACAUGCUAAAUCGGCAAGCAGGGAUGUAAGAGCAUGUCGCUCGGCUGUGCAUGCACACGUUCUGGUCACGACGGAGAGUCCAAUUUACAACUUAAAGGACCGUGUAAAAUGUUACACGCACAUUCGUUUUGCUGUCCUAUCAUAUCGAUAGCGCUUAUGACCGAAUCCAUCUUGUAAUGGAUCAUGACACACCUAAUUAAUUCGAUGGCAUCUUGAGACAAGCUGUUUUCAGACCGUCCCCGCUCCACUUGGCGACCUCAAUGAGCAAGUUGCGUUUGUUGUGCGCUGCUGUUGCGGAGCGAAGCUCAUACAGCGUCGACAGAUUGAACAAGAAGGGCUCUGCAACUACGACAGUAGACGGCGAUGUGCUUAGUGCCUUCUCUAGUACGUCGAUACCCUCCUUGAUCAAACCCUGG